AUGCUUCCAGCUAUGAGUCACCUGAACGGGCAGAAGAUGUAUGGGAAGGUGAUCAGGGUGGCUCUGUCCAAGCACACCUCAGUGCAGCUGCCCAGGGAUGGACUGGAUGACCAGGGCCUCACCAAGGACUUCACCAACUCUCCCCUGCACCGCUUCAAGAAACCCGGCUCCAAGAACUUUCAGAACAUCUUCCCUCCCACCACCACCCUCCACCUCUCCAACAUCCCGUAAGUCUACUGCAUGGCCCCUACGCCACACACUGAUCUAAGAACACUUAUGUAUUAGCUCAUAAUGGUUAUUGUUAGGAUUUGGACAUGGUAAGCAGAUCCUGUGUCUGUUGGUGCAUUCCCCUGGACAGUGAUAUUUAAGGACAGUUUUGCGCUUUGUCACUUAACGGUUAGGAUUUUUUUUGGGGGGGUGGGUAAUCUGAGGCAACGUCUAUACCUGGAAGGAAAGUAAAGGGAACCUUAAAGUCUGGGUUGGCUGUGUCCUUGGAAAGCUAAAUUCAUGUGUUUCCACAGAACGGACGUAACCGAAGAAGACCUCCGACUGCUGUUCUCCAACGCCGGGGGAACUGUGAACGCAUUCAAGUUCUUCCAGUACGUCUGGUUCUCCUUAACACAUAUAAUAACGUCACUGAACUACAGUUGCUCUUCAGUUGGUUGUGAAUGAACUUGAGAAUUGAUUCAGACUUUCCUUAGCGCUGUUGCUAGCUCCAGGGGUGAUAGACUUGUUGACCUUGUGCUCCUCUCAUAGAUGGGCAUGUUUGUCCAUUCUGUGGAGUGGUUGAGAGCAGAACAGAAUAUACAGUACAUUCUGAUGGAACAGUUGGACAAAUAAAGUUGUAUUGCAAUGUCUUCAACCAUCUUCUCUUCCUAGGGAUCACAAAAUGGCGCUGCUCCAGAUGUCGACGGUGGAAGAGGCCAUCCAGGGUCUGAUCGACCUCCACAACUACAACAUGGGAGACAACCAUCACCUGAGAGUCUCCUUCUCCAAAUCCACCAUCUAAACUUGCGUAAUGAUCGAUCCUCCACAACAUCCACUGCUUUCUGUUUCCCUAACAGCUUUUGGCUGGCGUUUUGUUAACCCUGUUGACUCGUUACAGACUCUGGGGGACCACAUUUUGACCUUUGACCUCAUUCUUUUUUUUUUUUAUCAGUCAUUCCUUCAGAGAGAACCAGAAACUGAAAUCGGGGGAAGAAAUCAGGGGGAAAAAAUAGUUGUACUUUGAUGUUUUGAGGAUAUUUUAACCCCUUCACAUGAUCCUGACCCCUGUGUUAAUCCCAUAUCCCCUUCACCUGAUCCUGACCCCUGUGUUAAUCCCAUAUCCCCUUCACCUGAUCCUGACCCCUGUGUUAAUCCCAUAUCCCCCUGAUCCCCCUGAUCCCCUUGUUAAUCCCAUAUCCCCCGAUCCUGACCCCUGUGUUAAUCCCAUAUCCCCUUCACCUGAUCCUGACCCCUGUGUUAAUCCCAUAUCCCCUGAUCCUGACCCCUGUGUUAAUCCCAUAACCCCUGACCCCUGUGUUAAUCCCAUAACUCCUGACCCCUGUGUUAAUCCCAUACCCCAUUUUGUAUGAUCAGCAAACUGUUUUCUACCUUCUCAUAAUGAAGGAUGGAUGAAUGGACAUGGGCGUCUCUUCUGAUUAUGAUUAGUUCUACAAGAUAUGUGCCUUACCUGACUAUCAACUAUUUUUACAUCCAAAUAUUGACAUGAAAUCCCUGUCUGAUUUUGAGGCACAUUAAUUUUGAUGUGAACUGUGUUAACAUGAUUUUUCUCUUCUCCCGACUGGUAGUUUCUGCCACCCGAGUUUCGCCUUUUCAGUUGCUGUUCAAUUUGUGCAGGUUUUUAUUUUCUCUUUCGUAAAAAGUCACUGUGGUUGUUGUGGAGUGGGGAAUAAUAUGAGAUUGAAGUUGAAUCAGUGUUGUUUUUUUUGUUUUGUUUUUAUAGCUAACUUGCUUGAAGGUUUCUUGUAGACGGACAACCAUCAAAUACCGCUUUAACCCUAGUUUCAAUCUGUAUGAUCAUUUUAAUGUUAUUUUCCCCUUUUUUUUUUUUUUUUUUUUAGUUUACACAUUUACUAAAAUAGUCUUAAUGUUGCUAUUCUUUAUAGGUUGUUUUACUUUCCUAAUUUUUCAUUGUCACUUAUUAAUGUACAUGGGUGAUGGUGAGUAGGUUUUCUAACCUUCUACUGCCUGCUCUCUGGCUCUUGUGUAAUACUUUACUAAUUUGAACUGCACUUAACUGUCUCCAAUAUUGUCAUACACACGACAAAGCAAAUGUCGUGACGGUGUUAUGACUGUCUGUGACGUACAGUUCAAAUAAAAGUGUUACCAAAACUCUGCUGUUGCAUUGGAGAAGAGGCUUAAGGAGUGUAGAACCUGUCGUGAUGUCAACCUGUUGCAGUUUUGAAGAGGGACAACCCUGGUUAGGACCAAAGUUUGUGCCUUUUUUAGUCUUUAAUUUACAGUUGCAUCGCCAAGGAAAGGAACAACAUUUGAAUGAACCUCUGAUUAUAUUUUGUAUAUUUGAAGAAGAAAAAAUAACGUAAUAUACAGGACCUGAUUCAGAAUCAACGACAUGAAUUCCUUUAUACGUUUAUUUUAAGCAGACCUACAUGUAAUAAUACCCACUAUGUUUUAUAGAGUCCCACAACCUCAACUUGCUGGAUAAAUGUAUCUGUUUUUCAAGAGAAAAGUCGUGUAUAUUUUCUAUGUUAGUUUAAUUUUUACAUCUCUGGAAAUGUAAGAUUCAGAUAUAGUUUGGAAGCGGCACAAUUAAAAUAAUUUUCUAACAAAGUCGGGAUAUUUGGUCGGACUUGGUUGUGUUUUGAGAUUUUCUCUCCCACUUUCUGUGUUGUAUUCUGCUUUUCCUCUGUAGCUCAAUAAACUUCUGUAUUCAUUCUGUCUUCUGUCUCUCUCCUCAACCUUUCUAUCCAGUCUCAAGGACUGUGCUUCUCUAUUCC